AUGUCUCACGAGGAAGAUCUCAUUGACUACUCCGACGAGGAGAUCGGUGGCAACGAGACCGCCGCGACUGCCUCCAAUGGCAAGAAGGGCGAGCUCGCCGCCGGUAACAAUGUCGACAAGAAGGGCAGCUACGUCGGUAUCCAUUCGACCGGUUUCCGCGAUUUCCUCCUGAAGGCUGAGUUGCUUCGCGCCAUCGCCGACUGCGGUUUCGAGCAUCCAUCGGAGGUCAUCAUAUCCCCUUCCUUCAAGCGUUCGUCCAUCUCGCAAGCAAGAACAAAUGGCCAAAUCUUCUCCGCAAUCGUUAUCGUCGUCAGAGGUGGUUCAGGAAAGUUUGAGGUGGUCCGAGCAUCCGGGCGGAAUGAGCCCAUGGUUGAGAGACGUGGCUCUCCGCGAAACCACAACUUUGAUGUCAGGAUUAUCGCGCAGAAGCGGAUAAGACAUCAUUCGUUGUUGCGAACGGAUUUCCUGGGAAAAGACCAGCGAAACGAGAAAAAUCUUUCAAGACAUCAAGGAGCUCUUGGUUCUCCUCCGCCACGGUUGCUUGCGCGACCAUCCGGCCUUCAGGUGUCGACCUUCGGGUUAUUAUCACGCCCUCCUGUAGCACCACGCCGGUGGAAAAAACCCACUCUAACAUCGAUUCGAUCGACAGUCCAACAAACCUGUAUCCCCCAGGCGCUCCUCGGUGGUGACAUUAUCUGCCAAGCCAAGUCCGGUCUGGGUAAGACUGCUGUCUUUGUUCUUGCUACCCUUCAGCAAGUCGAGCCCGUGAACGGAGAGGUCUCUGUGGUUGUCAUGUGCCACACUCGUGAGCUAGCCUACCAGAUCCGCGACGAGUACAACCGUUUCAGCAAGUACAUGCCCGACAUCAAGACCGGUGUCUUCUAUGGUGGUACUCCCAUCAAGACCGACAUGGAGACGCUCAAGAACAAGGAGACAUGCCCUCACAUCAUUGUCGGUACCCCUGGUCGUCUCAAGGCUCUUGUCCGUGACAAGGCUCUGCGUCUUGGCAGCGUUCGCAUCUUUGUUCUCGACGAGUGUGACAAGAUGCUCGAUCAGCCUGACAUGCGCACUGAUGUGCAGGACGUUUUUCGUGCUACUCCUCAGCAGAAGCAGGUUAUGAUGUUCUCAGCCACCCUUUCCGAGGAAGUCAAGCCCAUCUGCCGAAAGUUCAUGCAGAACCCUACUGAGCACUACGUCGACGAGGACACCAAACUCACUCUCCACGGUCUUCAGCAGUACUACAUCAAGUUAGAAGAGAAGGAAAAGAACCGCAAGCUCAACGAGCUCCUGGAUGAUCUCCAAUUCAACCAGGUCAUCAUCUUUGUGCGUAGCACCGUCCGCGCUACUGAGCUCGACAAGCUUCUCCGCGAGUGCAACUUCCCUUCGAUUGCCGUCCACUCUGGUGUCAGUCAGGAAGAGCGUAUCCGUCGUUACAAGGAGUUCAAGGAGUUCAAGAAGAGAAUCUGUGUUGCCACUGACGUUUUCGGACGAGGUAUCGACAUUGAGCGUAUCAACCUGGCGAUCAACUACGAUCUGUCCAACGAUGCCAGCUCUUACCUGCACCGUGUAGGUCGUGCUGGACGAUUCGGUACCAAGGGUUUGGCCAUCUCGUUUGUCAGCACCGAUCAAGACCAGGAGGUGCUCAAGGAGAUUGAGAAGCGAUUUGAGGUCGCUCUGCCUGAGUUCCCCAAGGAGGGUGUCGACGCCAGCACUUACAUGGCUUCCUAA